AUGGCUGAACGGAUGAUCUCGACGCAUUCCGCCAUUCACUCGAGCGCCGACGAUCGUAACGACGGCGCUACUAGCAUUGCCGCCUCCUCUCGAAACGAUGGCGAUAUGUUCGCCGCUCCUCCCGACGUCCACGCCUCUCCAUCCGAGCCGCUGCUUGGCAACAGCAGAUCUUCCGCCGCCGCCUCUACCUCACCACUAGUUAAGAGAUCCGCGGCUGGUGCUGGUACUAGCGCUUACGCGCCAAUCGAAAGCGGCCACGUGGCAGCUACGAGCACCAGCGUGCCAAUGAAAGAGGUCCACGUGGAUCUGUACAUCCGCGGGCGGGGCAAAGGCGGCAAGGGGAAGGGGCCGGCGUGUUCGUUCGCGGCGCAGCUGCUGGGGUGGCACGCGGACCGCCUCGACGUGGCGGCGAUUAAGAGGCGACACGGGCUCAAGGCGCUGUUCGCGUUCUCAUCGGCCGGCGCGCGCGGGUUAGAGCUGGUAGCGAAUCCGCGGAACGGACUGUCGCUGACGACCUACACGGGCAAGCCCGGAAGUCGAAUCACCCUUGAUGGGGAACCAAAGGGUGCUGGCGGGUGCUGGGGGAUGGGGGGGGGAGGUGGGGGGAGAUGGGGGGUUGGGGGGGGGGGGGGGUGUGGGUGUGCGGAGUGGCAUUCGGAGCUGCUGUGGAACCCCAGCAGCGAAUCGACAGUUGAUGUUGGCUCACACAGGUUGUUGCUGGCAACGUACACGGGUUUGAGAGCGCAUGGGGAUGCGGGAUGCUGUGUUGUGCUGCAGGGUGGUGCUGAGUUGGACGAAGAUUGGAGCCUUUCUAAAUCGGUCCCUGGUGACAGCAGGAAGCCUCCACGUCUCCCUUGGUCUGCCUCUCAUUCCCAUCCCCCACUCUCUCUCUCUUUCCGCCUCCUCCCCUUGUCCCCCCUCACUCAUUCUCCUUCCCACCAGGAGCCCUUCUUAAGUCACUCCCUGGUGGCAGCAGGGGGUCUCCUCUUCUCCCUCGGUCUGCUGCUACUUCUCGUCUCCCACAACCCCCACUUUGCCAGCCUGCUUGCAACGCAUAACAACGCCCCAUCCUCGCCAGUUAUGCUCUUUGGUGUAGGGGUGUUUGUGCUUAUAUUCUGGAAAAAGUUCACUGAAUGGUACAAAUAG